GGACAUUAUGAUACCUACAUACACUUAUUAUCUACCUUUUCCACAGUUCCAUCACCAUAUUGCCGAAACUACGAAUCAAAUAAUUUGUCGCUGCUCUUGAAUUUGUUCCUAGACUACAUUUGGAUAUCCACAAUUGGGGAUCAGACAAUUUUUAAGAGGUAAACCACUUUCGGCCGUUUGUAUUAAUAUACAACUUUGACACAAUUUUGACAAGCCACAUCAGUGAUACAAAAUUCUAAAUACUGAGUGUGCAAUGACUCGGAGAAAGAAAAAGGAUGAAGAUGAGACUGUAAACAUUAGCUGUGAUUCUAUUAUGUCAACGCAAGAAACAUGAGCAUUAUCCGUCGGCAUACAACAAACAGAGAUGAAAAUCAGCCACGAAGAUACAAUCCCUAGGCAAUUAACUUCUGCUUCUGAAACGAGUGCAGCAAAUGAUGAUGCUAUUAGCACAGUACAACAUGCACCUAAAAAAAGAAACACAAUAAAGUUAGUCCACUCGAAGAAUAUGAAACAAACGUUACCAAAAAACUCUCGAAUAACGAACUACAAAGACUAGUCUUGCUGAAACAACUGACAGUGUUAGAAAUGAAACAGGAAGAACUCAAGAGAC